AUGAAACAUAUUUCAAAUAUUUUGGAAGGAAAAGCAACAUCUCGAAAUAGUACAAUAUCUGAAGAACUAACUGCUGAUGAUAUGGCUCAUAUGAAGUCUGCACCUAUGACGUCAGUUGACGUGGAACGAAGUUUCUCGAGAUACAAAACAAUACUGGCCGAUAACCGUGGAAGAUUUCUGUUUGACAAUAUUAAGCAGCACCUGACUAUACAAUGCUAUGAAACAAAAGGUAAAGCAUCAGGAUUACUGCGACCAUUACCAAUAGAAUCAGGAAAACCAUUACCAAGAUUGACCUUCGAUUAUUUGGGACCACUUCCUCCUUCUCACAGGAAAAAAUACUUAAUUGUGGCAACAUGUAACGCAACUAAGAUGGCCUUUGUAGCAAAUCCAACAGGAGCGGAAACAAAAAACUUUCUAAUGGAUUUAAUAACAUAUGGAGUUCCGAAAUAUUUUUGCAGUGAUAGGGGAACACAUUUUAAAAACAAAGAAGUAGAGGAAGUGUGCAAAAACUUAAAAUAUGUAUCAAUUCAUGAUAUUGUUACUAACAUGUGGCAGAAUAAUGGCAGAGGAAAAACUAAACAUAACAGUAUCCUCAGGAGCAUUUUUUAA